CGUGGAGGAACAUGGAGGAAGUGAGAGUGUUUCCCCUGACCUGCGCGGUGCAGAACUAUGCGUGGGGGAAGGUGGGUCUGGACAGCGAGGUGGCCCGGCUGGUGGUGGGAGGAGACCCGCUGGCCGUGGUGGACGACGGGAAACCCUACGCUGAGCUGUGGAUGGGUGCCCACCCUAAAGGAGACGCCCAGAUCAAAGACAACCGGAUCUCUCAGACCACGCUGGGCCAGUGGAUCGCUCACUUCCCCGCCUGCCUGGGGUCAAAGGUCAAAGACACCUUCCAGGGUCAGCUGCCCUUCCUCUUCAAGGUCCUGUCAGUCAACACGGCCCUGUCCAUCCAGGCCCACCCCAACAGGGAGUUAGCUGCUCGUCUCCACGCUCAGUUCCCGGAGCAUUACCCCGACAACAACCACAAGCCGGAGAUGGCCAUCGCUCUGACCCGCUUCCAGGGUCUCUGUGGCUUCAGACCAGCUGAGGAGAUUCUGGACUUCCUCAAAGCGGUGCCAGAGUUCCACGCUCUGGUGGGGAACGCGGCGGCGGAGGAGCUUCGCUGCAGCGCCGGAGACGCCGUCCAGACGAGUCAGGUGCUGAAGAAAUGCUUCACCAGGAUGAUGAACUGUGAGAAGAAAGUGUUCGUAGAUCAGCUCAACAUGCUGGUGAAGAGAGUCACCGAGGAGGGUGCAGCAGGUAAAGAGACGUCCAGCAGUAACGGGGAGCUGCUGCUCCGCCUCCACUCCCAGUACCCCGGAGACAUCGGCUGCUUCUCCAUCUACUUCCUGAACCACAUGGUGCUGGAGCCGGGCCAGGCCAUGUUCCUGGGGGCCAACGAGCCGCACGCCUACCUCUACGGAGACUGCAUCGAGUGCAUGGCGUGCUCCGACAACACGGUGCGAGCCGGUCUGACCCCCAAAUACAUCGACGUGAACACGCUGUGUGAGAUGCUGAACUACAGCCCCGCCCCCGCCGCCGCCAAGAUCUUCCCCUGCGUCCAGGACGCCUCGGACCCCUGCGUGUCCCUCUACGACCCCCCGGUGCCCGAUUUCACAGUCAUGAGGAUACAGGUCCCGGCCUCGGUGAAGCAGUACACGGUGUCUCCGGUGGACAGCGCCAGCAUCCUCCUGGUGAUCGAGGGCGACGCCACGGCAACCUCCGCCGCCGCGCUCUCCGACGUCUCGCUGCGGCGCGGCACCGUGCUCUUCGUCUCGGCCAAUGAGAGCGUCUCGCUGCACAUCACGUCCCCGACCGGGAUGACCAUGUUCCGGGCCUGCUGCCUGCUCUAGGUGUGUGUGUGUGUGGAAGCUCCUUCAACAACUCCUGGUUGUUUCGGGAGUUAAAGGAGCUUUCAGACCGUGUUGAUGCCCGCUGCUCCCCCAGACCCAGACCCCGACCCAGACCCCGACCCCCCCCCAGCAGAGUCCUUUAGCUCUAAAGUCCAGCAGAAAGCCACUGCUGCUGGGUUUUAACCAGUCUGUCUUUUCUACCUGUAGUGGUGAGGUUCCAUCUUUUUAACAAAGUCUUUAUAGGUGCUGACAGACGACACAAACUGAGAAUAAAAAGGAAAAUAUGUCCACAACGCUGAACAGGAGCCAAGAUAAAUAUAUAUAAAUGACACGGUUUAGAUCAGGGAUGGGCAACUUAUUAUUAUAUUAUUAUUUAUUAAACUUGUCUGAACCAAUCGUGGCCCCAAACUGACAUGGUCUUUUGUUGAGCUGGUGACAUUAAGUCUGCAUUGGUUUAUGAAAAAUUGUGUUGGAUAAAACACAAAUAAUGAGUACACAACAGUAUUGGAUCGUUUAAAUUGCUUUACAGUCAUUAUCUAGACCAGGGAUGGGCAACUGGAGGCCCGGGGGCCACAUACGGCCCUCACCCUCACUUGAAAUGGCCCUCAAUACAUGCAUACUACAUGCAUUUGAGCAUGAAAUCUUAAAAGUGCAGUUUAAAAAUGCACAAAAUGACUUCUUGCAAUUAGCAGUUCUUGCACUGAUAAAGAAGAAUUCACACUAAGUGGUUAUUUUUUAUUUGCUUCAAACCUUUUGUAUUCCUAUUUAUACUGUUAUAGAUGCAUUUGAGCAUGAAAUAUGUUAAGUUAUUGCACUGUAAACAUAUUUAAAAUUACAGUUUCAUCAUAUCUGGUUAAGUGACGGCCCUAUAUGUGGCCCUGUGGUAGUGUCGAUGAAACAUUGUGGCCCCCUGCAGCAUUUAAGUUGCCCAUCCCUGGUUUUGAUCAUCAUAAUGAGCCGUUCUGUGGCCCCCAAAGAUGCAGAAGAGCCACAACCUUUAUAAACACAGAAGUUAAACUUUUUAAAGCAUCACUAGGAAUAAACAGGGUCCUGUCUCUUUAUUCAUCCAGCAGUGAGAUGCAGUUGAUAAUAGGAAGUUUUGACAACGAGCAACAACGAGUUAAACGACGAGUCGACGAAUCAUCGAUAAAAGCCUGGAAAAGUUCUGUUAAUGCACUUUUUAUAAGAACUUGUAACUGGUUGUCCUUCAGUGUUUCUGGACAUGUUUCCUUUCUAUUUCUGACCCACUUCCACCUGCACGUUUCUACUGGUAUUAACCCCGUGAGGAGCUCUGAGGCGUGUUUACUGGUGCAGAACGCCUCCACUGCUCCCUCUGGAGGACUGAGCAUGUCUGUCAUAUGAGCCAGCAGUCUGUCUGUCUGUCCACAGGGUCUCUGGUGCAACCAACACUUUAUCAUCAUUUCAGUAAAUAUCCAAAUAAUGCAUCGUUAUGUAUCAGCAGUGGAGAGUGUUUAGUGUGAUGCUGAGCUGCCUGUGCAUGUUCGAUUUGGAGCAGAGAUACAGAAAGUAUCGCUGCUUUUAACGGUUACCAGCGCAUGUUUACAGUCUGGAAACUCCUCCAAGAAUCAUAAAAAUAUUUUAAAAAACAGACAAAAAGGGCCAUUAAAUAUCGCCAUCCCAUUCAGCACGACUACAUGGGAAUUAGGAAUGCAUAUUAUUGAUUUAUAUACAACCUAAAAUGCACUAUUGCUGCUGCUGCCUGUUGCAUAUUUAUACAAUUUGACCCGAGUUGACACAUCCACGUAGGGCUGCACCAUUAUGGCCAAAAUGAUCAUCACGAUUAUUUUGAUCAAAAUUGUAAUCACGAUUAUUAAUCCUGAUUAUUCAUCAUGUUAGGGAAAACAUCUGUAUUUUUAUUGCACUACUUUUAAACAAACAAUAAGAACAGUUUUUAGUAUCCGGUGCUUGUUGUAAACAAACAGAGAUCGCUAAGUGAACACCUCCUGCAGCAGCAGCACAUACACACUGUACUGCUACAGAGCUAACUGUUAGCCUGUUAGCACAUACACACUGUACUGCUACAGAGCUAACUGUUAGCCUGUUAGCACAUACACACUGUACUGCUACAGAGCUAACUGUUAGCCUGUUAGCACAUACACACUGUACUGCUACAGAGCUAACUGUUAGCACAUACACACUGUACUGCUACAGAGCUAACUGUUAGCACAUACACACUGUACUGCUACAGAGCUAACUGUUAGCCUGUUAGCACAUACACAAUGUACUGCCACAGAGCUAACUGUUAGCCUGUUAGCACAUACACAAUGUACUGCUACAGAGCUAACUGUUAGCCUGUUAGCACAUACACACUGUACUGCUACAGAGCUAACUGUUAGCCUGUUAGCAAUUUGCAGACUGGACGCUAAGAGGUUAACAUCCCCUCCGGCUCUGCAGCUGAGAGAGACUGCUGCAGGAGCCCCCGCGGCUCGCUAAGAAGAGUCAGAACGAGUCUCCAAUAACAUCAGAAGGUCGCUGGAUUUGUCGCCAGUCACUUUUUUUGGGAAAAAUAGUCGCCAAGGGGGUCUGAAAAGUCGCUAAAUAUAGCAACAAAGUACCUAAGUUGGCAACACUGCUUCGCCGGCUUUUUUCCAUUUUAACCCAUUUAAGGCGGGAAAGCAUUACCGCAUUUCUACCAUUAAAACAGGGGGCGCUGUUGCGUUAUUCUACCAUUAAAGCCGGGAAAACGUAUUCAUUGUUUUGUAGUAUUUGUAGUUUUUUUCCACCUAUUUUCAGUCUCUUGGCCAAUGAAAUGCAUCAGAAUACCCUAUGAUAUUAUUAAAAAACUUUAUUGAAGGUUUGGACAAAUAAACUCAACUUCUCAUGAAAGCCACAUAUAGCUAUAAGCUCUCAAAUACUUUAUGAAUUUCUUUUCUAUCUGCUACAGAGGCUGAAAAAUCUAUUAUUUAGUAGGAAGAGUUGACACUUCUGUUGAAUUUCCAAAAAAACUUCAGGUUUUAGGGGCUUAUUUUAAAAUCGCACAGAGGUUUUACAGGCAUUUUUUCCAGGCGUUUUAGGCCUAAAUGGGUUAAAAUGGAAAUAUCGCCAACGAUCAGGUUAAUUUAAUCGUGAUCAUGAUUAAAAUGUGAUUAAUUGUGCAGUCCUACAUCCACGUCUGGUACAGUUGUACAACUAAAUGCUGCAUUGAGUUUUAUAGUGUUAUCGGAACAAACACGUCUGUAUUUCUGAGUAUUUGAAGCCAAAUUUUUUGCAGACUUUGCAUGUUUUGUUGUUUGUACCGAUUCCUCCAUACGUGACGUCACAUACUGUAUUAUAGACUGAACAUUAUGACAUCGUGAGGUGGUUUGUUGUCACAGUUACAUCUCUCGUGGCUCCGCCCACUCUAUCUCUCUCUCUCUUUCUCCAACAUGUUGGAACAAUAUUGUAACUAGAUUAUUUCAGUAUGGUGCAAAUGUCCACAUCAUAUUCCAGCUGGUACCAGGGUCAAUCUGACUUCAGUCAAUCAUGAAGUGGAUUUUCUUCUUGUGACAGUUUUUAUAGGUUAUCUUGAGUAGAAUAUUUGAGAAUGAAAGCUCUAUCUGCCUGCCAACCUCCCAGUGAGUUCACAUUUAUCUUAAUAGUUGAAUGAAUGAUUGAUUGCAGUGAAAUGAGCCACGCUGGAGAACAUGUCCUGCUGCAGGUGGAUCUAUAAAAUGAGAUGGAAGAAUAUGAAUAUAGAAAGAUGUUUAUAGUUACAAUCACUGCAUCUUUUUAAUUAAAAACCAUGACCUCACAUUCUUCUUCCUGGAUCUCUGAAACUGAUGUUUUUGUCAUCAAAUAACCUUCCGUUAACGUCAUUCCCAUGUUUUAAUUUAUUAAUCUUGUAGAAGUUGCCGUUUCAAACAUUAUAUGAUUUUGAAUUCACAUCUUUGUUACUGAUCUUGUUUCGAGUCACCUUCUAGUUUUAGUUCUAGUCCAGAACUUUGCACACAAAUUGUUUUGUUUUUUUCUCACGUCCUUCAAAUGCACACACACAAACACACGAAGGCCACGGUGUUUUACUUUAAUCGUUUUGUUUGAUUGUAGUGGGAACAUUUGUUGGAAUAUGUUUCUAUAGAGAGGGCAUGGUUUAGCAUUUAUGAAUAUGGUUUUUGUUGGUUUUGUUGUAGCCUGGGACUGCAGAGAACAUGUGUAUGUAAAAGUGGUUUAAUAAAGCCUUGUUCCAUUACUA